UUUGCGAACGCUGCUAUUGCUUUCUUCUCGAGCAUGACCAAGCAAACUCCCGCCUUGGACGCCGAUGAUAUGAACCGCCCACCUCCAGCUGGUUCUCGGGAUAAAGUCACCCGAUCUUUUCUCAGUGAUGCUGACCUUUGGGAGGCUUUCAAAAGGGCCCAUUUGAAAGAUGUCUUCAAUAGGAAUCAUUUGGGAUUGGAUGCAACUGAUAAAUGUGCCAUCCUUGCUAUGGGACAGUUGCGAAAAGUCAUCCUCAGUUUUGAUUAUUUACCAGGAAGUCCAGAGAUGCCCCAAGUUACAAAAGCCCCUUUUCUUGAUUACGCAAAACUUGAGGUGCCGUGUUUCGUAAUUUGGUUCUUGUGCUUUAUGAAUGGUUUGGCGGUUGUAAGUAGGCUUGCUCGAAACAAGCUCCAAAAUGCCGAUAUAUAAUUUUGAAGAUAGAAUAAUUGGAUGCGACGGUGCGGAGAUGUAAUCGGUAUUUUUGUCUUUCUAGAAAUUGAAACAGGGAUUUGUGCUUGAAUGAAUCCUAACCUUGUCACAACAAUGUGGUUUGAGCAAGACGAUUAAGCUUAGAUGAUUCUUCUUUCCAUGAUCUGAAACGUAUGAGUGUCAAUUGAUGAACGUUUAUUGAGCAAGAAUUAAAUUGAAAAAGAGAAAUGUGUUGGGGCACGUAGGUUCCAGGACCGCCAUAAGAAGUUGUGUCACCCAAAAUCUAAAAGCUAAUAGGUUGACACAAAAUUGAAUGUUUCAUAUUGUGGUGGAAUUGCAGGUGUAAAAGAAAUUAAAACCAGAAUGAUAUGGUAAAUAUUGGUUAUUAUAAUUGUGAAAUCACAAUUGGAUAUAAGUAUACUAGUUUAGGCGAGAAAACUGGGAUUCACUGGAUUCCUGCGAUCGAUGAGAGGGAGUAUCUUUAGACUUGAAGGAAUUCUCGAAGGUAGGCGGGGACAUUGACUCCUCUGCGAUGUGUUGCUGGGCACGCGAGAAGAAGUCAUGGUAAGUGGUUGGCUUGUUUUGGCAAAACGGAAUAAGAAAUUCAGCCGAAGGCAAGCAUAGGCGAAUACUAUGGGAGUCUCUGGGUGACAAGGUUCUAUAUUUUGGACUCGGACGUUGAACCUGACGAUGUUGCAAUUGUUCCCAAUUGUGGAAGAACCUCGAAAGCAAUGAGUGGUACCACCAUUGUGCUUAAGUACGAGAAAAAGUUUAGCAUCGAAGAGCAUCACUGGCCCCAUGAAGAUCCAUCCAGGUGAUAUAGGCCUAUCUUGGGGACCUUGAUUUUUCUUGAAGGACCUCUGUAGAAAGUAGAAAGUGAUGAAGUAGGAUCAGAGGAGACGUCUUACGGGAUGAAGGGGGUUAAAGGUAACCCGAAUGGCCGUUUCCAAUGUUUGCCAUGCCUCGAGUUUGACAAUUCAUUUUUUGAGCGGGGCGAUCUCCUCGACUUCUUUCCGAAGGAUCUUUGCUACGAAGAUCUUCAGCUUUAUUGCCCAAUCGGUUGAAUACUGAUAAGACGUUUGAACUCAUGUGGCCUCGCUAUCGCCCAUGCUUUCGUUAUGAGGAUCAGGACUGUUUUUCUUUACCCUUAUCAAGAGCCUUGGGAUUCGACCUCGUGAAAUUGGGAAUUGUGAUUUUGGUCAGGAUUUUGGUGAGUAGUAUGAGUGUGAGUUUUUCAGGAGGAUUAUUGUGUAGGAAUUGAGAGAAUAGGUUAGUAAGGCCUUUGACAAAAGCGGGAUUACGAAAUAUGUCAACAUUAGGAUGAGGAGUGUUGUCAUCAGACAAUUUGUAAUUAACAACUUUUGUAAUUUAUUGUUGAUGUAUGGUGUAUGUAAUAGGUAAUUUUAAUAAUUUGCAACCUUACAGAAAAAUCAUUCUAUGUUUUAUUUUAUUAUGUACUGCUACAAAUGCCCCAACUUAACUUGGUGCUAGGAAAUGUCUUGUCCACUAAAAAAGAGAAACAUUUAAAAGUUGAACAUAUUUCUCAU